AAAAAAAAACCAAGCACUUUCUUACUCGAGCUCAUAAUAAACGAUUCACAGAGUAUAGUCUGUAUGCUGACUCUGCUGGUUUUGGGAUUUGAGGAUGAAGCGCGUUCAUGGAUGUUUCGCGCUCUUCACUGCAGGAGUUGUUAUUAUUAUUAGUCUAAUUAACUUUCCUUUAGUUAAUGGCACCCCGUCAAGGUUCAGUCUCUUCCAGGGUUCCCCUUAUUCCAGCUCUUCUUCCAGACAACGAAACAAAAACUGGUGUGCAUUUGUGGUGCAUAAGAAUGUGAGCUGUGCUGUGCUGUCCAAUGAAGAGGUGUUGGAUCCGCAGCUCGUGGCCUGUCCUCCGCAUCAGGACUGCUCACAGCAGCUCACGCAUCAUGCUCAAACAAGGCCAAUGUACAAAAUCGGCUACAAGCAGGUGACGGAGCUGGAGUGGAGGUGUUGUCCAGGAUAUCAAGGCCAUGACUGUACAGAGCUGAAAAUCACACCACAGAGACCCAGUAUUCACGAGGAGCCGCAUCAAGUCCCUUCAUCCACCAACACUCAACUGCAGAGCAUUCUGGGACCAGAAGUGAGCGAGACACAUCCAUGGACUCAAAAAGGCCAUCGUAACAAUCAACCGGGAUUCAAUCCAGAUCGUCAACAGGAGAUUCGCAGAGUGCAAGCGUUAGAAGAAGAAGUGGAGCGUCUUUCUCAAACAGUGCUCCACCUACAGGCCACGUCAACAGCCAACGCAAACCUACGCUUCGAUUUGCAGGAAGAUCUCACCAAAUACGUUCUCAACAUGUUAGGCAAUUUGCAACAACCACAAGACGUCAAAGCGGGUGAAUUGGAGAGUAUUGUGUUCCCGUCUGAUCUGCGUUCGCCAUCGGUUGCAGACGAGCUCCAGAACCACAUUAGCACCAAUGCUAACAGCAUCCAGGAUCUGCAGAUCAAGAUCCAGAGCAUUGACGGACAACUCCACCGACUUGCAGAGACCAAUAUUGAUCCUGUAGUUUCAGCAAAUGAGUGUGCAUGUCAGGAAUACAUCGAUGAGAAGAUUUCCGCCCUCCGAGACGAGCUUCUUCAAGGAAUAGACAUCAAAUUAGCAGACAUGAAGAGUGCGUGUGAAUAUAAAGUGCUGUCCAUUCGGGAGCAGUGUGAAGAGCAGGAAAACUCCUAUUUGAGUCUUGCCGAACUUUUGGACUCUAAAGAGGCUGCGCUCCGACAACAGAUUCAAGACUUGCGGGUUCAGAUUCCCAAUGCUUCAGAUUUGGAUAUUCAUGAAGUCCAGAAACUCAAAGACAACCAGGAGAUGAUAAAACAUGCAAUUAUGGAGCAUAACACAACUUUAGUGAAGCUUAAUAAUCAAGGGCGCGUGCUGGAGGCGAGGGUUAGUCUUGCUGAAAAAAGCCCGGAGGUGCAUUGCAUUAAUCUUGAGGAGAAACUAAGACAGGAAAGACUUCAAGAACAAAAAGCUUUCGAAGAGAAGAUUAAUUACAAUGAGCAGCGUCUAAACACCUUGGAGAAGCACACAAAGCAUCUGCAGAGUGACCUGGGAGCUUUUGCACAGCAAAUUAAGAGCGAUCUCAAUCAAUCUAAGGGUGUUGAAAUCCUGUUUCAGCGUCUGGAAAACCUGGAGAUGGAUUUUGGGAGUAGCCAGGAGCAGGUGAGCGCAGUAAAUGGUUUGUUAAAUGGUCUUGAUGGACGUGUGGCAGGAAUUGAAGGUGUCUGUGGUCGUUUUGAGCCGAUGUCUGACAGUCUGAAACGGAUUAAAGAUGGACUCAACAAACACGUUAAUGGCUUGUGGACUUGUGUUCGGCAAUUGAACACUACAGUGCUUGAGCACACAAGAGACUUAAACUUGUUUAAAGCAGAUUCACAGCUCACAAAGGACGCCCAGGAUGGGAUCGCUAAUGCACCAACAGGUGUUCUUAAAGGCACAACAGCUGUAAAAGCCUCAGUGGAGGGAAGUAAAUCUCUCUCAUCACAGUCAGUCUCAGCUCAGGGUGUCAACAGCAGCGGGACGUCCAUCACAGGCUAUGCAGGAGCACCAGGUUAUCCACAGAUUCCUGCUGCCGCCAUCAAUCCUGACACUGUUUCUGGAGAAGCACGAAUGACAUCAUUUGUGUCGUUUUCGGCUGGUCUGACACUUGUGCCAUUCCCAGAAAAAAUUGGUGUUAUCCGAUUCAACAAGGUGCUGUUAAAUGACGGACGACACUAUGAUCCAAACACAGGAGUGUUCACGGCUCCAGUGGACGGCCGGUAUCUGCUGAGCGCAGUAUUAACAGCUGAAACGGGUGAAGGAAUCGAGGCUUUUCUCUCAGUGUCGAACCGUAACGUCCAGAAGCUCUUUACGGCUGAAUCUGAUGACUGUGAGUGUGGAGGAUCAGCGUCUGUGAGUCUGCCUCUGCAUCUGAAGCGCGGUCAGAGAGUCGGACUGGUGCUCACAGAAGGAAAACUGGCCAUUUCCACAUCCAGUGAAAUCCUGUCCUCGUUCAGCGCAGUUCUGCUUUACCCAACACUGACCCAGCGAUAGCCCAGCAGCAAGACAUGAAGGUUAGCGGACAAUUAAAAGCUUUCUAAUUGGUUUGGUGCAAUUUUCACAAGCAAUUGGUACAUAUUUUGCAAUAUUAUGAUGGCUUUUAGUGUUUUUAUUCAAUCUAUGUUCACCAGAAAAUGAAAAUUACUCACUCUUUACCUUUUCAAACCUUUAUGAGUUACUUUAUUCUGUUAACAACCAAAGAAGAUGUUUUGAAAAAUGCUGGAAAUGUGUAACUAUUGACUUCUAUUGUAUUUGUUUUUCCCACUGUGGAAGUCAGUGGUUACAGUUUUUUUAACUUUCUUCAAAAUAUCUGGUGUGUAAUGGAAGAUGAUACCGAGGACAUAAAAAUAAUAAUUCUGAUGUUUCAAAUCAAAAAUUUAACCCCCCCCCCCUAAAUAAAACAUAUUUCUUAAAACAUUA